AUGGCGUCGCUAUUGAAGUAUGAUCUCAAGACAGAUAUUGCUCACUAUCUACAAACCCGGAGGGUUAACUCGGGUGCGAACACUCUUGAAGAUGUCAUCAACUUCACCGUCAAGCUGUGGGAUCUUGUGUCUCCAGAGGGCCAAUGCUGUUUUCCUGUCCUAGUUGCAGUAGAUCAACUGGGUGAUCGGUCGACAUCUGGAGAAUACUGGUUGUCCAAGAACACCCAGGCUUGCCUUUAUCAAGAAGGUCCGGCUGUCCUUUUUGAGAAGUACAGGCUCGAUGUGCUCGUGCUGCCGACUGAAUUCUCGUCUUCGCGACUCGGUGCCGUAGGGAUACUUCCCGUUGGGUCGGUUCCUCUGGGCUAUGACGAUAUUAAUCUGCCAUUCGGUAUGGCUUUCUUGGGGCGACGGUAUGACGAGGGAUCUGUCAUUCGCUCCAUGUCUGCGUAUGAAGCAAACUUCCCUGCUCGCAAGGUGCCACAUCUGCUGGAGUAA